ACAAGCACCUUUAUCUUCAGCUCAGGCACCAGCAUCUCCCAAUACGACUGCAGAAACUGAGGCACUACAAGCUCUUCAAGAUCUCCUAGAAGAACAGGAUACAUCAAAUACGGAUAUGUGGACCACUUUCUAAAACCCCUUGUUGAGUCUCUACCAUCUCAUGUCAAGGAUACCACAGAUAUCCUAAAAAGAAUGGACGAUGUUCAAUUGGACAACGAAACCCUUCUGGUCACCUGUGAUGUGGAAGCUCUGUAUACAUCAAUCAGACACACGGAUGGAUUGGCGGCAACCCAAUUUUACCUAAUGAUGUCGGAUUUAGACCCAGAACUGAGGCACGGCAGAAGAGUUGUCCACGUUUAUGACAUAUCUGAAUACUAAUGAACUAAACAUAAAAUUGACCUAUAAAUGGGGGAGGUCGAAAAUGGAGUUCCUGGAUGUAUUGUUUGAUGUUGACCAAGAUGGUUAUAUCUCAACAGAUGUGUAUCGCAAAAAAACCUCUACCAAUACUCUUCUUCACGCUUCCUCUUCUCACCCCCAUGCACUUGUCUCCAAUAUCCCGACAGGUCAGUUCCUGCGAAUCCGACGGAUUUGUUCCACGGAUGAACACUUUGAAAAACAGGCUAAUGAUCUAUCUCUACGCUUUCAGGAACGGGGAUAUCAAGAAAGGGAUAUCACCAGAGGCUAUGCACGAGCUAAGGAUACACCACGAGGCAAUCUGCUUACCCAGUCCAAAAGGAAAAAGGGAAAUGACCAGAGAAUUCCGUCGGAGAAUACGGGAACAUGUCCUAGGAAUUGAAGCAGCCAAGGAGGAAAUAGAUCUACAGAAGCUAAAAACCAUACCCCGCCACUUUCGUCAGUACCAUGAUUGCAACAGCACCCUCUUCAAGGGUUUCAAAAUUGGUCCCGUAUCCAAAAGAGUCUGGAAAUUUGAAGAGAGCAUUGAUGACCAUCAGCAGCAAAGCACUUGUCACUUUAUUGAGUAGAGCCACCAGUAAUCGGGUACUAUAGGAAUUAUUGUUAUACAUAGUAUUGUUGAAUAAAAUUAUUGAUAUAUAUUCCUCUGUCUUUGGAGGUGUUGAUUAACAGUCGUUUUGUCUGAUACACUUCGACAUAUAUACAUACAGCCACUAAUUAUCUAAUUUUUAUACAUAAUAAAUGUUUAUAUUGUUCAUACACCUUUAGUACACGAUAGGCUAUGGGGUACAUCACUUCUCCCAUUUAACACCACUAACACCUAAGUUCGCACAUAUACUAUUUGUAUUUACUAUAUAAACUACUUUUAUAUAUGUCAAUCAUUCACUAUACACCUUAAUAAAUCACAUAUCUUCACUUAUACACACUUAUCACUUAAACCCCCUUUUUUUCGCUUCUAUUAGCGAAGAAUUCAGUCAGCAACAUAGCAACAUUAGGUUCAUUAUCUUGUAUGUGUCACCUUUUUUGCACUGUUUUUUUCACUUUUUUCACAUUUUCCUUUGCAUGUCUCACUUAUAUUCACUUGCACUUUUGUGGCACUUUUCACUAUUUUAUUAUAAUUAAUGAAAA